AUGAAUACAAAAAGAAAUCACAGGGGGCUGGGGGGUUGUGGGGUUGGGGGGUUGGGGGGUUGGGAAGUUUUGAGAUGGCGAAAGCAAAGCUGGAAGGUGAAGAAAAGAAAUGAUGGCGAUUUCAUCAGAUUUGGGACUUCCAAGAGAGAUGAAGUGCUGGGAAAAUGGGGGGGCACCAACAGGUGCGCCACGGCCAGGCGGCUGGUGGUUCGCUUCGGCGACGGGCGCUGGGCCAACGCUGAGCUGCGCGGCUCUUCGACCGUCACGGAUGUUGCGGUCCUAAAGCUGGAUGUGCAGGUGGAACCGGAGGCGUCGCCCUUGACCUUCAGCCGGAGCCUGCCGAAACAGGGCGAGCGCGUGGUGGUCUGCGGCAUGACGCAGCAUGGCCAGGAGGUCGUUGGCCUCUCGGGCCUAGUGAGCCAGCCAAGGCAGCGUUUCCGGGGCCUUCCGGAGGAGCCAUCGAUGCAUUUCGUGCAGUUGGCCCUGCCCACCUUGCCAGGGAUGUCAGGCUCUCCAGUGCUGAAUUCGGAGGGCAAGGUCUGUGCCAUGGUGGCGAAGAAAUUCGAAGAGCACGGCUUGGCACUUCCAGUUGAGAGGGUCCUUCCGGUGGCGGAAUGCUUGGAGGCCGGAUAUCCCUGGCGUUUGCCUUUACUGGGCAUGGAGGUAAAGGCGGGUGGAACCUUGCUGAAUCCCAGCGUGCUGGUGAAGGCCUUCGCAUCUGCCAGUGCAGCGGCAAAGUCCGGAGUUGAGGUGGGUGACGAAAUCCUGGAAAUCAAUGGUACCAAAGUGGCCACACUGCUGGAGAUGCGCGAGGCCUUGUUGGCCAUGGGCGAUGGCCGUGUGUCAUCCUGCCGGGUCAAGCUGCGACUGAGGCGCCAAAGUCGCACCGUAGACGUCGCCUUUGACGCGCCACGGGCUCCAUCUGGGCCGCAGGAUGUCAGCAUGAUCGAGCUUGAAGAGUGA